UUCCUACACCUCUUCGUCGGCCUCCCUCCUCAACUUCCCCCCGUCAACAUCUUUCGACUUUCGAAUUUGGUCAUUCUCCUGUCCUUCUGUUGGCGCCGACCGCCUCCUACCUUCCCGUUCACCUCCCCCUCCACCCCGAUCUCUUGCAAGCGGAAUGGCGUUCAUACAUCUGGCUGCCCGGCGGUUGCCCGUCACCAGGAGGCUCGUCCCUGGCAUUGACUCUCUGGCUCAACAGCGAUUGUUCUCCGUGUCGCGCCAGGUGAGCUCCCAGGCCAAGGCCUCGGUGCCAAACCCCGAUCCCGCCGCGGACUCCGCAUCGGUGGCCUUUGUGAACGACCAGAUUCCCUACAUGGUGCCCACCUACGUUCGGCCCGCACCCGUCAUGGUCAAGGGACAAGGAGCUUACCUGUGGGAUAUGGAGAACCGGAAAUACCUUGAUUUGACGGCCGGUAUUGCGGUCAACUCUCUGGGACACUGUGACCCCGAAGUCGCCCAGAUCAUUUCCGAGCAGGCCGAAGUGCUCGUCCACGCCUCGAACCUCUACUACAACGCAUGGACCGGAGCCCUGAGCAAGCUGUUGAUUGAUGUCACCCACAAGUCCGGCGCCAUGCGCGAUGCGUCCCAGGUGUUCAUCUGCAAUUCCGGAACCGAGGCCAACGAGGCCGCAAUCAAGUUUGCGCGCAAGGUCGGUCGUUCGCAUGACCCCUCCGGCGCAAAGCACGAAAUCGUCUCCUUCCACAACUCUUUCCAUGGUCGCACCAUGGGCGCGCUCUCGGCAACCCCGAACCCGAAGUACCAGACUCCCUUUUCUCCCAUGCUGCCCGGUUUCAAGUAUGGCAAGUACAAUGAUGUGGCCCAGCUCGAGACUCUCAUCACGGAGAAGACCUGUGGUGUCAUUGUGGAGCCCAUUCAGGGCGAGGGCGGUAUCAAUGUGGGCACGCCGGAGUUCCUGACCGCUCUGCGCAAGCGCUGCGAUGAGGUCGGCGCCGUGUUGAUCUUCGACGAGAUCCAGUGCGGUCUCUCUCGGACAGGCACCUUCUGGGCUCAUGCCCACCCGUCCCUGGCGCCUGCCUCUGGCGAGGCGGCCCAUCCCGACAUCCUGACUUCCGCCAAGGCCCUGGGUAACGGUGUGCCCAUUGGUGCGACCAUUGUCUCUGAGAAGGCCGUGGCCCGCCACAUCAAGCCCGGUGACCACGGAACCACUUACGGCGGUAACCCCUUGGUGUGCCGUGUCGCUCACCACAUCGUCAACCGCCUGGCGUCACCGGAGCUGCAGAGGGGAGUUGAGGCCAAGGGGGCUUUCCUGGUGUCUGGAUUUGAGGCUCUCCAGAAGAAGUACCCCAACGUCAUCUCCGAGAUCCGCGGCCGCGGUUUGAUCCUGGGAGUCCAGCUGUCCCCGGAGUUCACCGCCAAGGCCUCUGAUUUGGUGGCGGCUGCCCGGGAGCGUGGAAUGCUGAUCAUCACGGCAGGUGAGGGCUGCAUCCGCUUCGUUCCUCCCUUGACCAUCACCGAGGAGCAACUCAAGACGGGCCUUAGGAUUCUGGAGCAGGCUCUGGAAGCCGUGGUUACUGCGGCGUAAAUGGUCCGUGGGUGACGGGAAACGAGCACAAAAGUUAUUUAAUCUUCUAGCAGUCGAUGCAUAUAUUCCUCCUGUGAUGUGACAUGCCUUAUGCUACUGGAUCUCGGGACUUAUAAAUUUUUUUUUGAUCGCUUCUCCUACAACGGCAUAUAGACGGCGAGUUAGAAAGAAAUCAAAAGUAAAAUUUAAUGAAACCAAGAUCUUCUGUUCAAGCCUGCCCGAGUGGCCUCAUCCCUGUUCUUACUACCUACAUUGAUCCUUGGGAUACUGAGAACGCUACGGAUUGACCAACUUCAACCCUCCAUCAUCAAAUAAGUUCAUGAUUCGAUUAAAAAAGAUACAGCAUGAGCGACAGAAAAAGUGGAAUCAAGUUACACGGAGAACAAUGACUUUAACAAGGAGAAUAGGGAAUUCCCGACUGGCCCUCGAGUCUGAGCAUCCAAAACCCUCAUCAAACAACGGGUGCUCGCGCCAGGCGAGGAAAUACCAUGACCG